AUGGCAGAGCAGUCGAAGCGAGACCGAAAUAAACAGUUAAAAAAACGGUUGGAUGGAUUAGAAAACAAGGUUUACCAAUAUGGAGAGCUGGGCGUUGACAUUGCACUGAUUAUUGGUUAUCGAGAGAAAGAGGGUGGAUAUUCUUAUACAACUUCAGAGGAGUUUCUGCAGAGAAUUCCAGAACUAAGAUCACAUCCCAAAUGUGUAAACCGACUUCCCGAAGAUAUAAAAAGGAUGGAUGCGCAGUCUGGUUCAAACACGACGCGCCAAAUCAAGAAGAGACGACUCAGGAGAGCCAAGAAAACCAAUGAGACGGAACAAUCAUCAUCAAACCCACUACUAGGCCCAAAAAAUGCGAAAGACAAUGUACAUGAAGAAACGUCUUUCUUCCCGGACCCACCCACCCUUGAUUUGCCUAUAAAUCCGAAGGGGGGUUUUCGAGAAGUUUAUCUUGGAGAAAUGCCAAAAUAG